CACACAAAGAAAAGAAUUACAAAGCUGCUUGGGAAUGUUUCGACGGGCAUGCGAAGCUCGGUCAUAAAUUUGCAAAGUACUGGAAGGGUUAUUACUUAAUGUCAGGAUAUCAUGUUAAGAAAAAUUCUAGUGAAGCUCUAAGAUACUUCAAGAUGGCGGCAGACGAAGGUGUGCCUGAUGCACAACUUCGAUAUGCAUUUCUAUUACUCGAACAGGAAGAUUAUGAUGUAGAAACUGUAAUUUCUUACAUAACACAGGCAGCAGAUGAAGGGAACGCGACUGCUUUAUAUAAUUUAGGUGAUAUUUAUUUACAUGGAAAGUUGGGAAGAGCCAUGGAUAAAGAUAAGGCUAUCGAAUUGAUUAAAUUGGCCGCAUUGAAGAAACAGCCAAAAGCAAUGGAGGCUUUAACUAGGUUGAGUGUAGUCACCUGA